GCCGACAGGUCGGUAGGUUUUACGUCACAUAGAGCGACUGAAGUUUACAGCGCGAGUGGGAGAUUCGAAGUGAUCCAGCAGUGGUCGGUUUAGGGUCGGUACUCUUGAGAGAAAACGAUGGUUCUUUAAACUGGAUUUCGAAACGCAGCGACGAUAACUUGUGAGGCAAUUUAACCUCAGCAGGGUAAAAGCAUGUUACUGGCUUCAAAGCAUAGAAGAAGCUGGUUGGUUAAUGACAGGAAAGAAGGCUGCAGGUGAAUGGACCAAGGAAGAGCAAGAUUACCAGAAAAAAAUGGCAACAGCAAGCAAGACCCCACCAGGUGCCGACCCCAAGCAGUUGGAGAGAACAGGAACAGUCCGGGAAAUAGGUUCCCAGGCCGUUUGGUCCUUAUCAUCGUGUAAACCAGGGUUUGGAGUUGAUCAGUUGCGUGAUGACAACCUGGAAACCUACUGGCAGUCAGACGGCUCUCAGCCUCACCUGGUCAAUAUCCAAUUCAGAAGAAAAACUACGGUAAAGAUGCUAUGUAUAUAUGCAGACUUCAAAUCAGAUGAGAGUUACACGCCAAGCAAGAUCUCUGUCAGAGUGGGGAAUAACUUUCACAAUCUUCAAGAGAUAAGGCAACUGGAACUGGUAGAGCCCAGCGGGUGGAUACACGUCCCCCUCCUUGACAUCGUAAACAAUCCCAUUCGAACCUUCAUGAUCCAGAUUGCAGUACUGGCCAACCACCAGAAUGGCAGAGACACUCACAUGAGGCAGAUUAAAGUCUACACACCAGUGGAGGAGAGCUCUGUUGGGAAAUUCCCAAGGUGUACCACAGUGGACUUCAUGAUGUAUCGCACAAUCAGAUGACCGUCAUUGCACAAUAUUUAGUUGUGGUGAAAAUCUAAGAUUUGGUCCACAGAACACUUUAUGAGUUGCUCUGUGAAUCGAGUUGUCAUCUUAUAAAUUAUUGAGUUUUUUUUUUUUAGGGAGUAAUGUAUACAUUUUUAAACUGUACUGAGGGAACAGGUCUUGUAAACUGAAAGUGUCAUGCCAGCGCUUUGUGUAUUUCAAUGCAAACUCUUAAUACAUUUUUUUUUUUUUUUAAAGUUCCUGUUUUCUUCAAUGUAUUCAUUUUUAACCAAUACUAAAACACAUUACUAUAAACAAAGCAAAAACAUGAGUAAUUUUUUUUUUUAAAUGGGUUAGUGUGCUGUUCUUAUUGUUCCACUAUGCAUGUCCCUUUUGAGGUAUCAGACUUUGUUUUUCAUUUACUGCAUAUUUCAUUUGAGACAUCUUUUGAUUUAAAGACAUGCACGCACAACUAAUUCUUAAAGAAGGUGCAUGGUGGUGCAGCAGCCUAACCUCAUAUGCUGUACGUUUGUAAUUUAUUUGUCACAUUUGUGGCAACACUGCGUGAAUAAAACAGACCAGCUACAGACUAACAUGACAUACUUUUCUAUGAAUAGCUUUACUUUGGUAAAAAACAACAUGCACAAGCUUGGAGCAGAUGAGGAGAGUUCAAUUUCAAUAUAGCCUUUCACACCAGUACUAUCUAGGCAUUACAUCAUCACCCCAUGGGGGUAUUCACACAUGGAACUUGCCAACUGCAAAAUGUGAAGUAAAUUCUUCACCCCAGUAUGCCCAUCUGUGUCUUACAAAAAACACCAAGAAUGUGAAUAAGAUGUGAUACAAUCCAAACUAAUCUGUCUUCUGUCUCUGAAAGAACACUAUACACACACAAUGAGGAGCCUAGUAUAUACUGCAGCUUCUUUGAACUGGAGAGGACUAAUAACAUCUUCCAGUAAUUAACAUGAAAAUCACAAGGGAAAAUUAUGUUCAUAUAUGCCAGCCUGUGGCUGACUGACAAAUGUUCUGCUGUAAUGGACACGUUUUCCGAGUGAAUCCUCUCUCACUAUAGUCUUGGACAUGUGUUUGUCUAAAAUGGUUGUUACGUGGAUUAUGUUGUUGUAACUGAAUAAGAAAUCAUGAAACAUGAGGAAGAAAAACACAACAGGGUUAACUGAUCACUUUCCAGCUAUGUUGGGGGAAAACAGGGGGUAUUAGCCAAUAAAAACAUGCAAGGGAGGGGGUUUGCUAUUCUUACA